AUGGAGGUUGAGCGAUCCAAGUUAUUGAAUCGCUUGAUGACGUGCACACGGGACAUCUUGCGGACGCAACAAGGGCUCAGUGAACAGGACAACUACCACGAGUUCUGUAAAUUACUGGGUCGCAUCAAGGCUAAUUUCAACCUCCAGGAUUUGGUUAAUGUUGAGAACUAUGCCGAGUGGAUCGAGCUUGUUGCAAAUUUCACCAUGCAGUCUUUAAACUCGUGGCAAUGGGCGGCAAGCAGCAUGUACUACCUGCUGGCACUGUGGUCAAGGCUGGUGACAUCGAUGCCAUACCUGAAGGGGGAUUCUCCAUCGCUGAUGGAAGCUAAUGUUCCCAAAAUAGUGCAUGCAUACUUGACAUCAAGGCUGGAUUGCGUGCGUGCAGUGCUGCAAAAUGGCAUAACGGAGGAUCCCCUGGACAAUGAGGGCGAACUGCAAGACCAGUUGGAGUCGCUCCCCCACCUGUUUCGAUUCCAGUACGACAAGACAUGUGUGCUGGUGUGCAGCUUGCUGGAUCCUAUCGCGAAAGGAUUUCAGGACUGGUCCACUGGCCAACCACCAGGCCAAGAUGCACGGCAGCUUUCUGUCCUCGAGGGCCAGCUCACAUGGCUGGUGUACAUAAUUGGGGCAGUCCUGCGAGGCCGACUGAGCACAAGCAGCAGUGAAACGAUGGAAUCUCUUGAUGGCGAUUUGUCGGCAAGGGUGUUCAGCCUGUUGGGAGUGAUGGAGACUGGUCUGCAUCAGCAGAGGUACAGGGAGACGUCGAGGCAGCGGUUAGACCUUGCCAUAUUGUCCUUCUUUCAAAGUUUCCGAAGGGUGUAUAUUGGAGAGACAGUCAUGCAUUCAUCCAAGGUUUACGCCCGGCUGGGUGAGAGACUCCCAGGCAUACGAGACCACCUCACAGUUCUGAACAUCAUAGUGAAAACCAUCACAAACAACUUGCGGGCAUAUGGUGACUGCGACGGGCUCAUAGACGCCUCCCUCAGCCUGUUCCAGGACUUGGGCAGUGGCUAUAUGAGUGGAAAGCUGCUGAUGAAGCUGGAGACAGUGAACACCCUGCUGCAGCAUCACAGUUCCGACCGCUUCGACUUCCUGAGGCAGCCCACCAGCUUUCGCAGCCGCACGAUCUUCUACAACACCCUGACAAAGUUGUUGUUCAUGGAAGACACACCCACAAAGUUUAAGACAUUUGUUGCACCAAUGCAGCAGGUGUUGGUUGGUCUUCACACUGCAAGUCAGAGUGCAACGAGCGCCCAAGCUGUCAGGCAGUCUGUGCCCAAAGAGACAGUGAUGGGUCUAUUCAGGGACCUGCGGGGUGUGGUUUCUGCUGCUGGUAACCGUCGGUCAUACGGACUGAUUUUCGACUGGCUGUACCCCACCCACUUCCCAGUGAUCCUCACGUGCCUCGAGGCCUGGUCUGACUCACCUGAAGUGACCACCCCACUGCUGAAGUUCAUGGCCGAGUUCGUGCAGAACAAGACCCAGCGCCUGUCCUUCGACCUGUCCUCCCCCAACGGCAUCCUCCUUUUCCGGGAGGUCUCCAAAGUGCUGGUCACGCAUGGGUCCGCAGUGCUGCAAAGGGGGAAUGUGCCCGACAUCUACCAACACAAGUACAAGGGCAUUUGGAUAUGCUUGCAGAUCCUUACCCGCGCGCUGGCUGGCAACUAUGUCAACUUUGGUGUUUUUGGACUCUAUGGUGACCCUGCCCUCGAGGAUGCCCUCAAGAUAUCACUGAAGAUGGCCCUGUCAAUCCCCCUGAAUGACAUCAUCGCCUACAAGAAGCUGGCCAGGGCCUUCUACUCCCUUGUGGACGUGCUGUGUGAGCACCACACGUCUGUGAUCGCCGCCUGCCAGCAGUCCACCUUCGCCUUCAUAAUGACCUCCCUAGAGACGGGGCUCAAAGCCCUGGACGUCACCAUCUCCUCGCAGUGUGCUGCAGCGCUUAACCACCUUGCAGCAUACUAUUUUCGGCAUGUGGUGGCUGCCGUCGAUGUGAACUCGCCUCCUCCAGCCGCCCAAGCUCUGGCAGAGCACAUCAGACAAACCCCAGACAUGUUUCCCUCGAUGCUGAAGACACUUUUUGAGAUCGUCCUGUUUGAGGAAUGCACCAAUAUGUGGAGCCUCAGUCGGCCGAUGCUCAGCUUGAUCCUCAUCAACGAAGAAGUCUUCACUCAGUUGAAGUCUCAGUUCGUGUCUAUGCAGCCAACCGAGAAGCAGCAGCACACCUCUGCAUGGUUGGAGAAGCUCAUGCAGGACGUCCAACGCAAUCUGGACCCGAAGAACAGGGACAAGUUCACCCAGAAUCUCACCAUCGUCAGGCAUGAAUUCAAAGCCAAAGGCUGA